AUGGAACAACUAAAAGUUAUCUUCGGUAAGGUAUUUACAAAACACAGAAAUACACUUCCUGGUCUGUCUGAGCAGGAAACUGAUGAGAUCAAGGCUGCCAUCGAAACAGGAGACCUCUCAUUAGCAGCGUAUGUGGUGCAGAGGUCUGACAAUAUGCUUAAAAAAACUGAGCUCAACAUUGCGAUCACAGGGGAGUCAGGAGCCGGGAAAUCAUCCUUCCUCAAUGCCCUCCGGGGCCUGGGAGAUGAGGAUGAAGGAUCCGCUGAGACCGGGGUGGUAGAGACAACCAAAGAACCAGAGCGGUACCAGCAUUCCAAGUACCCCAAUGUGAUCUUCUGGGACCUGCCAGGCAUCGGGACCCCAGAUUUUAAGCCAGACACUUACCUGGAGCAGGUGACAUUCAGUCGCUAUGAUUUCUUCAUCAUCCUCGCUUCGGAGCGGUUCAGGGCCAACCAUGCCAAACUGGCCCAGGAGAUCCGGAAGAUGGGGAAGAAGUUUUACUUUGUGCGCUCCAAGGUGGACUUGGACCUCUACAACGAGAAAUACAAAAAGAGCUUCAAUGAGGAGAGAACCCUGGAGAAAAUCAGAAAUGACUGCGUCUACAACCUGUCCGGAGAAGGGAUGAGCUCCCCACAGGUUUUCCUUGUCUCGAGCAGGGAAUUUCAGAAAUACGAUUCUCCCAAACUGCAGAAAAAGUUGCUGAAGGAACUGGAAAGUCACAAGAAACAUGUUUUUCUCCUGGCCCUGCCCAAUCUUUCCCAACCAAUCUUGGAAAAGAAGAAAAAGGCUUUGCAGAGGCAGAUCUGGAAACAAGCCCUGAAGUCGUGCACCAUCGCAGCUGUUCCUCUCCCGGCUCUCUCAGUGAAGUGCGACAUUGGCAUCCUGGUGGAUAACAUGAGACAGUAUUGUGAGAGCUUUGGGCUGGAUGACAUUUCCCUCAUUAUACUCGCUAGCCAAGUUCGGAAGUCUGUCGCUGAUCUGAAGUACGUGAUCAAGUCCCCAUUGGCCAAAGAGAUAUCGAAAGAAACGGCUGAGAAGUUGCUGGCACAAGCUACCGGGGAGGGUCUAAUGGUAGUUAAACAUUUUGUCAGCAUGAUACCGGUGGUUGGGACCAUAUUUGCUGCAGAGAGGUCUUUCACAGUGACUUACAAAAUGCUGAACAGCUUUUUGGAUGGUGUUGCUGAAGACGCCCAAAGAGUCCUGAUCAAGGCAUUGGAGACAGAAGAGAAAACAAGUGAAUAA